GUCUUUCUAAGCAGCAAGAAAACAUUUUUACUUUCCGCCACCUCUUCAACUCAAUAGAUUUGUUCAUUACUCUUUCUUUAAUUCAUAAUCAAUGAGAUUUUCUCGAGAAAAUUAUCUGGGUAAAGCGAAAUCCACCCUAGAUUCUCAUCAAGAACAAGAAGGAGAAGACUGCUUUGACCGACUCCCAGAUGACCUCCUUCUCGUGAUCUUCAACAAAGUUCUCGAUGCCAGAUCUCUCGUUCGAUGCCUUUCGAUCUCGAAGCGUUUUAAUUCCUUGAUUCCCCAUGUCGACGCCAUUUUUCUCUCUCUACCUCGGAAGACUCCUCCCAAGAAACCCCUUUUCAAGAACCUACUCAACAACUACAUCCCGAAAUCUAUUCGAUUUCUCCAUAAAAUCGUCGCCCCUAACAGCAAACCAACAACUCGGAAGGUUCUCUACUAUCCGCCUAAUGAAGCUCUCAAGGGUUUCAAGGAGACGAAAUCUCUACAUCUGGAGUUUCCUUGCACUAUUGGAGAUCAAAACGACGAGUCGCUUCUGAAAUGGACGGCUGAGUUCGGAACCAAUCUUCAGAGCUGCGUAAUCCUUGGGGGAAAUUCAAUAAAGAAAGGAAAGCUCCUGAAAAACGACAAUCUCGAGAAGGAAAACGACAAUGGAAGUUGCAAAUCAUCUUCUCCAUCUCAACAACCGCUUUUGUCCGACGAGGAGCUCAUGUUGCGAAUCAGGUGGAUGAUAUCAUCGUUGAUCACCGCGUCCGCUAGACACUUCAUGUUGAAACGCGUCGUCGGAGAUUUCCCAGCUUUGGCGAACGUCGUCGUUUCGGACGAGAGCAAACGAGGGAAGCUUCACAUAGGGGCGGAGCAACUCGCCGAGAUGAGAUCGAACUCGGCAAACGACGAGUCAUCGAAGGAACUAGAGUCGUCGUUGGAGAGGAGCGUAGUACCUGAUACGAACAUGAAAAUGUGGUACGUUCCUCAGCUGGAGCUGCCUGGCUCUGGGUGUAUGAUCACUGGAGCAACACUCGUCGUGAUCAGGCCCACGAGUGAUGAUAGGGUGAUAAUUAAGAAGGGUUCAGUGGACGAUGGUGAUAUGUUGGGCGGUGGGUUCGAUGGCAGUGAAGGAGAGAAGACCAUUCUCGGUGAAGCUGUCGGAGAGAUGAUCAAGAUGAAGAAUACUUACGUGAUGGAAAUGACUUCCUUCUGAUCACUGCACUGCUUGUACAUAUUUUAUUUUUUAUUUUUUAUUUUUCUGGGGGCGGACAUUGUGUUACACAUUUAUACCUUUUUAUAAGAUUAUUUAAUGAAAUUCUUUUUUUCUUUUUUAAA